UGGUCCAACCUGUGUGUGCGCACGCGCGCGUCAUCUGGGGCGUGGGUGGAGCCUGAGAGGCUGGCACACAGUGGAAGGGAUGCCAGGGCUGGGCAGCCUCCGCGCCUGGCAGUGUCGCGAGCCACCCGGCUGGAUGCUCCACUGAACUUCACCCUUCGGAGAGCAAGACCCCAGCCUGUGGCUGUCAGUGCCUUUGCCAUCUCUACGGGAACCAAGAUGGACACCAGGACCCCGGGCCUCCUGUUCUCAGCCUUGUUCCUGGCCCUUAGGCUGCCCCAAGGCGCACAGGCAGCCCUCCACAUCCAGAUGAUUCCAGAGCAGCCCCAGAAGAACCAGGACCUUCUCCUGUCCCUUCAUGGCGUCCCCAGCACUGCCCAGGACUUCGUCUGGUACCUGGGGGAGGAGACUUCUGGAGGCACAAGGCUGUUCUCCUACAUCCCUGGGCUGCCACGGCCCCAGAGGGACGGCAGCGCCAUGGGACAGCGAGACAUUGUGGGCUUCCCGAACGGCUCCAUGCUGCUCCGAGCUGCCCAGCCCUCAGACAGUGGCACCUACCAGGUGGCUGCCACCAUGAACCCGGCCUGGACGAUGAAGGCCAAGAUUGACGUCCAGGUGGCUGAUGCACUGGCGUCCUCCUCAUACCUCUCCGUCAAUGCUGGGAUCACGGCAGCCAUCAGCGUUGGGAGUCUCGCUAUCGGGUCACUGCUUGUAUGUGGCGUUGCCUAUCUCCUGGUCACUCGAAGCCGGAAGGGCCGGAGCCGCAGGAAUAGAGCGGAGAAGCCAGCGGUGAACGGGACCCCCGAAUCUGGUGACAGCAACAUCUACGAAGUGAUGCCAUCCCCAGGCCUCCUGGUGUCUCCUGUCAGUGGUGUGGAGCCAGGAAGCCCACCCAUGGUAACACCAGGAUCCAAGACUGCACGGCAUGAGGAGCCCCUCACCUGUGCCCCUCCCCUGCAGAGCCUGCCUCCCCCACCCCCGCCAGCGCCCCCGGAGCCGCAGCCCGAGAGCCAGCACUAUCAGGACCUACUGAACCCUGACCCAGCCCCAUACUGCCAGCUAGUCCAACUCCCUGAUGGACCCUGGGCCCUGCCUGCACAGAGCACAAAAUCUCAACUUCCAGACGCCAUCCCUGAGGGCUUCACACCCACAGAAAGGACACAGGUGACACCCACAUAACAACGAUUUGGAAAAACUGGCAAGAUGGGCUCUGCCCCAGACCCCACAUGACAUGGGGCCAGCGCCCUGCGGGCCAGGAGACUGACAGCCCCAGAUCCCAAUGUCCCAACAACCUUCAGUCUGUGCCUCUUGGGCCACCUGCCUCUAAGAAGCCAGGCCCCUGCCCCACCCAAGGACUGGGGGCCCAUCCAGGUAUUUGAGGGAUGGGAAGAAGGCCUUGAACCCGGCCAUAAAAUUCCAUCCUGCCUCAGCCAGUUACCCAGAAGCCCUUUCCUUGGGAAGAAAGCACCCAGGAAGACCCGCAGCCGCCAGGAGUUCUCGACCCGUGGGCCACAACCCCUUUGGGAAGUCAGUGUCUUCAUAGGGCCCAGCUAAGACCACCAGAGAUGUCAGAUAUGUUCACUACAAUUCCUAACAGUAGCAAAAUUACAGUUGUGAAGUAGCAACGAAAUGAUUUUACCGUUGGAGGUCACCACGACGGGAGCAACAACUGUAUUAAAGGGUCUCAGGUAUAGGAAGGUGGAGAACGAUGCGCUCUUGGAACGCAGCACCUGUCGGAGGGUGACAGCCCUGGGCAAAUUAACUGCCCGCGCCCUGGCUUCAGCAACAGCCUCGCAGAGAGGGGCCUGGGCUGUGGCACAGACGUAGAGAGCCUGCCCCAACCCACCAGUCAGGGGCUGGGGACAUGGCUCAAUGCGACGUCGCCCGAGGGACAGGGCACGGCUCUGUCUACCAAGCCGGAGAGGCCUGGGUUCAAUCCUCACCCACUGGGAAGACAGACAAGCCUCCUGGAGGAAGUCUGCGGAAGCCCCGUGGCCUCGGGCUCCAGGAUCAGCGACGUCCACUUUGGACUCCGACAUUUGAUUGUAAGAUGAUAAACACCUGUUGUUUUAAGCCAUUCCUUCAAUAGCGGGUUCCAGGAAACAGGAAAUGGGGGUGCUGAAGGAUCUCAGGUGGGGGAAGUUACAGCCGCAGCUGAUUGGCAGUAUGCAAAUGAGCCCCUCCCUCGGCGGGGGCGGGACUUCCCCAGGCCUUGAUCUCCGGCGACCCGUGCGUGACUAAGCUGUCCACCCACAUCACCCGGUGACCCAAGGGCCAGAGGAGUCGGGAUGAAUAAAUGAAGCAGGGCUUAA